AUGUUCUUCAGUCUCUGUCGGUCGGCUGUCGAGUCAACAACAAGCCACACGCCACAGACACUGGAAACAAUUUAAUUCCCCCACCCCGCCACCUUUUCCUUUUGAAAAUUUUGUUUUUGUUGGUGAUCAUGCGCAGAUCACUGACAAUCAUCGUGUUGUUAAUGUUGAAUUAGUUACAAUUGUUGAAUAUCUCUUGAAAAAGUAUCUCGAAGAAAAAAUGCCCAACAACAUUCAAAAUGGAGAAUGUUGCACACCGGCCGGCUGCAUGACGAUCGUCGACGGAAUAACAUCAACUGAAGGCAGCAGUCAUGAAGAUGGUGGUGAAAUUGUUAAGGUGUUGUGUAACAACGAGCAUUGCCCGACCAGCGGCCUGAUGCAUCGCCAGUGCUUCGAUCAGUGGGAGGCCUCGGUCCUGCACUAUUUGCGUAGUUGCGGCCGCGCCCGUAGUUGGUCCGAGCGUCAACGAAGUCAAAAUCUGUGGACCAAAAAAGGAUACGAUUUGGCCUUCAAGGCCUGCGGGUGUCUGUGCGGACGUGGCCAUUUGCGCAAAGAUUGCGAAUGGCAGCCCAAGAAACCGUUGGAAGUAGCAGCAGCUGUUGUUGUUGGCGAAAAUGAGCAAAAGAAACAACAUCAACGGCGUAAAUCGGCAACAACAAUAGUUAAGGUCGGCCCACAGCAACAAGCCGUUAACGUUAAACCCAGUAGUAGUAGUGCAGCCCAAAUGAUGAUGAACAAUCAAAUUCGUCACCGGGCCAAUAGUCUGUCGUCUACCGGAUCGACUACUUCAUCUUCCGGCUCCAGUUCACCACCUGAAGCCGUCAACUCUUCAUCAUCUUCUUCAGCCGGAGCCUCUUCCGCUCCCGUCUUUGUUCUCAGCAAUAACAAGAAUAAACGAACUUCCAACGAUCGGGAAAGGCGAGGAUCGGGAAACAGUGGCCUGUUUGUCCAUCGGGCCAACUUUAGUUCAUUCAAUGCGUUACCACGCCACAAGCUCAACUCUUAUCACAUUAAAAUGGAAGACGAGGGCAGCUACGGGAAUGAUGACAUUCGUUGUUUCAUUUUGUCUAAUUUGGCCACGGCGAAAAUGUCCAAGACGUUUUGCGUCGUCUGCCAGAACGCCAUGCAAAUCUACGACAGGUAUCCGCUCAUUGACGGCACCUUCUUCCUGGCUCCAAAGCAGUACUCCAAGGCCUGCAUUCCCGUGACUUCGGAAGGACGUCAACAAUAUUUGAGCGCCGUGUGCAUGUCGUGUCUGGAGGGUUGGACGUGCACGUUGAGAUGCCGGUCGUGCCGGACGCCGUGGAACGGCGGCUCGUUUAUUCUCGGCACACUGUACUCUUACGACGUAUUUGCUGGCACUCCGUGUUGUCCAGAACGCCUCAGGUGUAAUCAGUGCAACGGAUUAGUGGUGCAGCCGGAGCAAAGGUUUCAAAACUUUUCGCAGUACAGUCGCGAUUUGUCGUGUCCCCACUGCGCCAGUCACGAUCACCAUUUUGUCAAGCCACUGCCUAGCGUGUUCCAGCUCUUCCGAUCAUCCGGUCGGGAUCAACACGCAAUCGCCACACCUCCGACUAUUUAAAAAAACUUAAAAAAUUAAAAUAAUAAUAACAAAAAAAAAGAAUAGGCCACACAUCGAGAGAUGAGAGUUAGGAUACAAUUAGGUUGAUAAUUUUACACCUAACCCCCCCCCAAUCCAAAAGUGAAUUUAAAAAAUGAAAAAAAAAAUCAAGUAAUGGAUAAUGGAUAAUAAUUUAGCUACAUAUUUUCGAUAUAACUGCCGGCUUAUUUGGUAUGUGUGGAAACACUCGGUGCGGCAUUUGAGAAAGAAAUAUCUAGGCGACCAAUCACAUAUUUGCUAAUAACUUUACACAAAAACUACAAAAAAAUGAUAGAGCUUCUUCUUCUGACGAACCCCAUAAUUUUCUUAUUAUAAAUAGCGAUCAAGUGUUUGUCCUUGGUGAAGCAAGAGGAUGUGUAUUUUCAAGUUCGUUUGAAUGUCACGAGAGAGAGAGAGAAAAGAACUAGUGAGAAAUUUUUGCUGGCAGCCCAGCCAGCAGAAUGUUGUGUGUUGUGAACAAGGACCAUCCGCCGUUUUCUCCGGUAAAUAAACUGGAAAGGGCGGGGUCUCUAGUUGAGUUGGCGCUACGGACCAAGUACAAACCUGUUUUUCUUUUUCGUCUUUUUUAGUUUUCACGUGAAUUCUGACAGCCAAAGCAGCUGAAUGAAAUUCCUCUCCCUUUUUUUUUCUAGCUAAAAUAAUAAUGAUAUAUUGAAUAAAAAAGUCCUUAGAGAGAAAAAUAAGAUGGGAUAAAACAAACAUUUAGACAACUCAAGUAUAAAAAGCUAGAUCAACAGGCUUUUUUGAAAUAUUAUUAAUUGUCGUCAAUGUUUAUUAAUAACCACAGAAAAUAAAUUUCUCGUAUGUG